AUGCCUCUCCUUCUUGCUUCUGCGUCUGGUGAGGAUGAUGAGGAUGAUGAGGCGAAUGAGGAUGAUGAGGAGAAUGAGAAAGAUGAGGGGAAUGGGGAUGAUGAGGGGAAUGGGGAUGACGAGGAGAAUGAGGAUGAUGAGGGGAAUGGGGAUGAUGAGGCGAAUGGGGAUGAUGAAGGGAAUGAGGAUGAUGAGGGGAAUGGGGAUGAUGAGGGGAAUGGGGAUGAUGAGGGGGAUGAGGAUGAUGAGGGGAAUGAGGAUGAUGAGGGGAAUGAGGAUGAUGAGGGGAAUGAGGAUGAUGAGGGGAAUGAGGAUGAUGAGGGGAAUGAGGAUGACGAGGGGAAUGAGGAUGAUGAGGAGAAUGCGGAUGAUGAGGGGAAUGGGGAUGAUGAGGAGAAUGGGGAUGAUGAGGAGAAAGAGGAUGAUGAGGGGAAUGAGGAUGAUGAGGCGAAUGAGGAUGAUGAGACGAAUGAGGAUGAUGAGGGGAAUAGGGAUGAUGAGGGGAAUGAGGAUGAUGAGGCGAAACUAUUUGGGAAUUGCACAUGUGUGAAGGCGGAGUGCAUGAGGUGGUACUUGACUUUUGAGACGUCUCAAAAGCCGUGUGCUCAGGCACAUGUGUGA